GUUCUGUCUCUCUUCCUUAAUCUGAUGAGAUGUUUUCUGGACCAGCAACCAUUCCGGUAUUGGGGGUCCAGCCCUCUGGUCAUGGCUCAUUUGAAACUUGUGCUUAUCUGCACUGGGCACGGUGCCCUCCAUCCAGUCUCCCCUGUAGCAAACUAAAGCCCAGCAGCUCAGAGCAGAACAAUGACUGGAACAGCAAUGCGCUGACUCCUGCCCAGACCUACAGGCCCAGCUGCUUUUCAGCACCAGCAUGUAUAAAUAGGUCCGUUUACUCUGGGGUCAGGGCGUCGUUUUUGUGGAGCCCCCCUCUGAGCACUGCACUGCUAUUCUUUGGGGCCAGUCAGGUAAGCCCUCCGUCCAAAUCUCAUUCAUUCUAUAGAAAGGUUCAGACCAUUGUUGCUGUACAUUACUGUGCCUUUUGUCUCUUUUGUUUCUGCUGAGCCACAUGGAUGUAUGGACUGAGGUCAGACAUGCAAAUCCUAUAUACAAACUGACUGUGUAGGGGCUGAUGAAACAGCCUCUGGCCUUCACUGCUAGCAUGUGUGAGCAGAAAGCUAAAACAUUUGUCAUAUAUUUACUUUUUCAUAUGAAGGCCUAGAUCGUUUCUAAGGCGCCAUGAUACAACAGUUAGUUCCAAAAAGCUCAUCUGACGAACAUGAAGUAUCCCUUGACUGCUGAUUUUGCGUUCAACAAGAGGCCUUUAAUUAUGACUCUAGUUCAGGUGGUUUUAACACAUUUGAAUAACAUUACAGCAGACAGACGUGCAAAGACGUAUUUGAACUGUUUUCCCUGAUUAGCUUUUGAAUAUAUGAACAUAAAUGUGACUCUCCCGACUCUCUACACUGCAGGCAAAUCAGUUUUGAAACACACAGUAGCAUGGCUCUGAAUAAUCCUAACCCAACGGGACCAUGGAAGGUGAGUGGGAUGUCUCACCCCGUGCGAUUCACAAAAAAAAGAUGACUUUUUGUUUUAAUUUCAUGCCUGGCCUGAUGGUGUCAAUGGUGUGUGUGUCUGUACACACAUCAGUGUGUGCGCAUGGCAUGUGCAUGCUACAUGUAUGCAUUUGUGUCCUCCUCUCCAGAUCACAGUGUAUGACCAGGAGAACUUCCAGGGCAAGCGGCUGGAGUUUACCUCGGCCUGCCAGAACGUCAUGGAGUGUGGGAUUGACAAUAUCCGCUCCUUGAAAGUAGAGUGUGGAGCGUAAGUCAGACAAAAACUGCUAGAAGAAUAUUUCAAUAAAAUAUAUUCAGUUUAAAUUAGAAAUAUACCAUCAAAAUAAACCUAAUCAAAUAUUAUUGAUAUGUCAUUUUUAACUGUCAGUCUUUUUUUAGAAAUGAUGUAUUGACAUUUUAAAUGGACUUUGGAGUCUACUAUAGGCAACUAAUUUGAUUUGUUGGUGGGCAGCUAUCUGCCUCAGAAGGGGAGAGACAGAAAGGGUGAAAAAUAGGGACAGAAAGACAGCAACAACAUCAACAUCAGAUAAAGGAGACAAGGAGUCAAACAGGUUCACUGCAGCAAGCUGUUUGCAAAAACAAUACGCUGUAAUGAUAAGUAACCUGGCAGUCACGCCCACUGCAGUAUAAUUAGGGACUGAUCCAAAGCAAUCUCAGGGCCAGUCACUUGAAGCUUUCGCACACAGGAAAGUUUUAAGUCUUUUCAUAGAAGUAAGAGAGGGUGUCUGUUUCUAAGAUUCAAACCUGAGAGGGGCCUAAUAUCUGAGGGCUCUGCCUCAUACAACUUUUGAAGACUUUGGGUACCAUUAGCAGGCCUGCAUUCUUUAAAUAUAAUGUUCUGGUGAAACUAGAGCUCUUUAAAGUAUGAUUUCGCUUUCAUAUUUUAAGCUUUGCAGAUGAGAUGAUGGUUCUAAAUAGUAUUAUUGAUUAAAAGAAGCCAGUGCAGUAAAUUCAAAGGGGAAAACUCUUAUUUUUUUCAUAGUUUCUGUCAGCACAAAUGCAGCAGUGUUCAUUUUUUUAACUGACACUAACCUGAUCGUUUUUGGUGUGAUGGUUUAACACAUGUCCCCUGAUUUCUGUGACACAGCUGGGUAGGAUAUGAGCACUCCAGCCUCUGUGGACAGCAAUUUGUGUUGGAGCAGGGAGAGUAUCCACAAUGGGAAGCUUGGAGUGGCAGCAACGCCUACCACAUUGAGAGGAUGAUGUCUUUCCGCCCCGUCUGCUCAGCUGUGAGUCCUUCUCCAAAAAGCUCUGUCUCCUGCUGUUUGACUCAUUACAUGUCUCCAGAAAGAUUCAGAGUUUAAAAACAUUAAAUAAAGAGUCAACAGGAUACUUAAAGCCAGCUGGAUGCAGAUAAAAUAAGAAUAUCGAGCUAUGUGAUCUUAUUUACUGGGAUGCAAUCUUUAACUUCCUAAAUUUGAAAAUUUGCAGAUUUUGGACUAUUUGCACUAUGACUGGGCUUUUCUUAUUGUGUUUCUUGUCACUGCAGAACCACAAAGACUCCAAAAUGACAGUGUUUGAAUUGGAGAACUUCAUGGGGCGCCAAUGGGAGCUCAACGAUGACUACCCCUCUCUUCAGGCGAUGGGCUGGGCCAACCAUGAGAUUGGAUCCAUGCAGGUUCAGAGCGGCGCGUAAGUUUAGACUUCUACUCAGACAGACUACUUUCCAUGAGUUCCUAACAUUUGACUGCUUUCAUUUACCAUUUUUCUUUUUUUUUUUACCACUGCUUUCCUCUCCCCUUCAGCUGGGUGUGCUACCAGUUUCCAGGCUACCGUGGUUACCAGUAUAUCUUGGAGUGCGAUCGUCAUGGCGGCGAAUACAAACAUUACAGAGAGUGGGGCUCCCAUGCUCAGUCCUUCCAGGUGCAGUCCCUGCGUAGGAUCCAGCAAUGAGACCUGCAGCCUCCUCUCGAAAUCCUCCUACUCUUUACCUCCUCCACCUCUAACUCCUCCUUCUCCUCUUCUUUCCUCUACCCGAUCAUUCCAAGCUUUAGCCAGCUUCAUCAGGCCGUAUAUGGCUCAUACUUUUUAGUGCUUUACGAAUAAGAUGUUUGCUGCACUUUUGUUCUUUUCUGUUGCCUGAUGAAAAUAAAGAGAGGGAAGAGCAGUCACAGAGAGAAGCCCCUAACUGGUGAUGUGUCCUGUUGUCAAUGCUCCUCUUAUUUGUGGAUUAACAUGGUAGUGAACAGUGAUUGAUAUGGAAGUAAUGGGCAACUUGAAAUAAACAGGCAUGCAAGAUUCUGCUGCUAAACUCUA